AUGAAGUUUGGAGAAACCCUCAGUAGGUCUUUGAUAAGGCAGUAUAGUUACUACUACAUUGCUUAUGAUGAUUUAAAGGCAGAACUAGAAGAUAAUUUACAAAUAAACAAUGAUGAAUGGACUCAAGAACUAGAAACUAACUUCCUGGAGUCAUUGGAGAUUGAACUAGAUAAAGUUUACAGCUUUUGUAAAGUGAAACAUGGCGAGGUUGUAAGACGUGUGAAAGAUGUACAACAGCAAGUACAACGUACGGUUCGUCAAUUGGAUUCCAAUAACCCACCUACAGAAAUGGAUUUUGAAAUUUUGGAGGAAGAGUUGAGUGAUAUUAUUGCUGAUGUUCAUGAUUUAGCCAAAUUUUCGAGGUUGAAUUAUACUGGGUUUCAAAAAAUCAUAAAGAAACAUGAUAAGAAGACUGGAUUUGUUCUGAAACCUAUCUUUCAGGUAAGGUUAGAUUCCAAGCCUUUCUUUAAAGAGAAUUAUGACGAUUUGGUCGUAAAAAUUUCACAACUCUAUGAUAUCGUUAGAUCAAGUGGUAGACCUAUUAAAGGUGAUUCAGCAGCUGGUGGAAAACAGCAAAAUUUCGUUAGACAAACAACAAAAUAUUGGGUUCAUCCAGAUAAUAUUACAGAAUUGAAAUUAAUUAUCUUGAAGCAUUUACCUGUUCUUGUUUUCAAUGCUAAUAAGGAAUUUGAAAGGGAAGAUUCUGCAAUCACCUCUAUUUAUUAUGAUAAUGAAGAUUUAGACUUGUAUUAUGGUCGUUUAAGAAAGGAUGAAGGUGCUGAAGCUCAUAGAUUAAGAUGGUAUGGUGGUAUGGGAUCAGACACAAUUUUUGUGGAAAGAAAGACUCAUAGGGAGGAUUGGACAGGGGAGAAAUCGGUGAAAGCAAGAUUCGCUUUAAAAGAACGUCAUGUUAACGACUUUACCAGGGGGAAAUAUACUGUAGCACAAGCCUUUAGCAAGAUGCGUAAAGAAGGUAAAAAGUCAUUGAAGGAAAUUGAGAACUUAGAAGCUCUAGCUACUGAAAUUCAAUAUGCAAUGUUAAAAAGAAAAUUAAGACCUGUCGUGCGUUCAUUUUAUAAUAGGACAGCUUUCCAGUUACCUGGUGAUGCAAGAGUUCGUAUUUCUUUGGAUACCGAAUUAACUAUGGUUAGAGAAGAUAAUUUUGAUGGAAUUGAUAGAACACAUGGUAAUUGGAGAAGAACUGAUAUUGGUGUAGAUUGGCCAUUCAAACAAUUGCCCGAAAAAGAUGUAUGCAGGUUUCCCUACGCUGUCUUAGAAGUUAAGUUACAAACGCAGUUAGGACAAGAACCACCAGAAUGGGUCCGAGAAUUGGUGGGUUCACAUUUAGUUGAGCCUGUCCCGAAGUUUUCUAAAUUCAUCCACGGGGUCGCAACACUUCUAAAUGACAAGGUGGACUCAAUUCCAUUUUGGCUACCGCAAAUGGAUGUCGAUAUUAGAAAGCCACCUCUUCCUUCGAAUAUCAACAUUUCAAGGCCUGCCCGUGAAGAUGAGGAGGAGGAUUACGAUGACGAUGAUGAGGAUGACAGUGCAUUAAUAGAUGCCAUGACCCACGCACCAGGUAAUUCUUUGGACUUAGAAGAGAUGGUUGGUUAUGGGGCCAUAGAUGGUGUAAACCAACGUGCAAACGUGCCUGGAGAACAUAACAUACCAUUUAGUGAAAAUUAUAGAUAUUAUCAGCGCAAAAUAAGAGAAUCUGGAAAUUCUAUAACCAAAAAUUACUAUAAAACCAUUGCAUUCUUCGAUCAUUAUUUCAACGGUGAUCAAAUUUCCAAGAUACCUAGAGGAACAGUGUUUGAUACUGAAAUUAGGGCACCUCCAGGAAAAACCAUAUGUGUUCCAGUCCGUGUUGAACCCAAAGUUUAUUUUGCAACGGAAAGAACUUUCCUUUCAUGGGUUUCAAUUUCUAUCCUCUUAGGUGGUGUUUCAACAACGAUGUUAACAUAUGGAACUCCUACAACUAUGUUGGCAUCGAUUGGGUUUUUUGUUACAGCUUUGGUGGUCUUGUUUCAUGCUGUGAGAGUAUAUGCCACUAGAGUAGUUAAUAUUAGAAUGAAGAAAGCUGUCGAUUAUGAAGAUAAGGUGGGACCUCCAAUGGUCUGUACCUUUUUGUUAUUAUCCGUCUUAUUUUCCUUCUUCUGUAAUUUACCAUAA